GACGUCAUCUUGAAUGAAAAUUUCUAAAUUUUUAUUAUUAAAUUAAAUUCAAGAUUUUUUGACCUGCAUUCUGCGUGCCUGAUCUUUAAUUUUAUAAAUUUAAAAAAUUAGUUUAGUGAUGUUUAUGUAAUGCAAUAAAACUCAGAGUAUUAAGUGACGCCAUACGCUAUUGUCAGUGUCAGUGAUGUAAUUUAGGUGAUUGGGUGGCUUCCUCUCCUAAGUGCCACAAUGGAGGAAUCUUCAUUUACUAUUCCAGCUGAUGACAAUGGUGAUUCUGAGCUUGAUCCUAGAAUACAGGUGGAAUUGGAGAAAUUGAACGCGGCCACGGACGAAAUCAAUAAACUGGAGCUGGAAUUAGACGAGUCUGUAAAAACGUUUCACUUGCUAUUGAACGAGACUUCGCGUCGACUGCAGACGUUGAGCAAACGGCUCGGUAGCUGUGUGGACAGGUCGCGGCCCUAUCACAAGGCGGUCGAAGCCGCUGCCGCUGCUAGGACAGAUUGCCAGCGAGCAGCGGUGCAGUUUCAACGUGCCAGUGAGCUGCACGCGGCCGCCAAGGAGACUGUGAGCCUGGCGGAGCAGCGCUUCGUCAGCAAACAGGACGAGUGGCAGUUCGACAGCAACUGGCAGGAGGUUCUCAAUCAUGCCAUCAUCAAGGUUAUGGACGCAGAAAAAAGAAAAACUGAGAGCGGACGUGAACAUCAAAAGAAAGCUGCGGCAUACAUCGCGGCUGAAAAAAACGUGACUCAACUAGAAGAAAACUUAAAAAGGAGCAUCAUUAAAUCCCGUUUAUAUUUCGAUGAAAAGAAACUUUGUGAUGAACAGCUUCAGAUGCAGAAUGAAAAGAUAGAGAAACUGCAGCGUCUCAUUGCAGACGCCAAGUUCCGGUAUGCGACAUCACUCAAGGCUCUAGAGGAGAUCUCCGAAGAGAUACACAGACGAAGAGGAGAGUACCCGCCGGGCAAAGAACCUAUACCGGUCGGGCCAAGGGAGCCGGGAGUCGGCGCAGAGCGAGACCCUAUACACGAUGAAAAUCAACUGGAACCGAGAGAUUUUGAAAAAGAUGAAGAACCCAGUCUCCAAGAGCUUAGGAAGAGAGUGAGAGAACUCGCCCUCAAGCCGAUAGACCGGAGCGAUGUGGACACAGAUGAAGCUUGGACGCAGGAACUGAACGAGACCAUCAAUAAAUUGGAUCAGCUGCUAAUGAUGAAGGAGAACAAUCAACAGAAGAGGUCCAAGUUCACGGCGAGCUCUCCGCGGAACUCCAGCGCGCCCACAACCAGCACCAAUACAGCGCACAGACAGCCGCCCAGUGACAGCUGGAAUACUGACUCUAACUUGACUAGAACUAAGUCAAUCAGUCGGGAUGUCAUCUACGAAACUGUUAAUCCUCCGAUGAGUAAAACUGAAAAGUCUAAAAGCAUGAUGUCUUUAGAUGUUCUAGCGUUAGCUCGUGACGCUACAAUUCUAGAUCGGGAGUCAUAUUUGAAGGCAGUGAUAGAAGAUAAAUCACCAACCGGCACUUUUACUGAAAGUAAUUCUGACAGGAACGAAAGUCUUGAUGAUAUCCUGAUGGUGGAAUGUGACUCCAGUGAUUCCACGCAGAAUCCCGUCAUCAGAAUGACCAGCUCCACCAUCACUGACAGCGAUCAUAGCUAAAUUGACAACUGUGUGACAGCUGUCAAACGUCAUGGUGACAUCUGUG